AUGGGCACGCAUAUCAGCCGAGUCAAGUCCGUGGAUCUCGAUGCGUGGACCGAUGAACAACUUCAGAGUGUUGUGAGAUGGGGCAAUGGCAGAGCCAACAAAUACUGGGAAGCGAAACUGGCACCCGGCCAUGUUCCCUCCGAUGCAAAGAUCGAGAACUUCAUUCGGACGAAGUACGAGAGCAAGCGGUGGGUAAUGGACGGUGAGAUGCCGGACCCCUCGGCCCUGGAUGACAGCGAUGACGGCGAUGACGAUGUGCCUCUUGCUGUUGUACAGGAGAAAGCAAAGAUUGAACGUUCUGCUUCGAAAAGAGUCACCACUGCCAAUCAGCCCCCGGUACACCGUCAACAAGCCUCGAUUGAUCUGUUCGGCGACGAAAUCUCUCCCCCAAAUCGCCCUAGCACGACCGAACCUCCUCCUCGUGCGCCACCGCGACAAGCACAACCUGCACCGGUCAAGACUCACAAGCCCAAUGAUUCAUUGUUAGGUCUCGACUUCUUCGGUAGUACCCAGCCUUCAACUGGCAGUCGCCCGUCUAGCACAGCAUCCACACCGGCAGCACCAGCUGGAAUGUCUCGGCCAGACCUCAAACAAUCGAUAUUAUCAUUGUAUUCGAAGCCCCAGCCGACACAGCUCGUGCAGCACCAGCGGGUCAACUCCUUCGGUGACAUGGCCUCGCCCCCUGCCCCCUCCGCUUCGUCUCAUAUGGGGGGUCUGACGGACGCCUUCAGUGGACUGAGCUUCCCAACCACCACUUCCCCUCCGCUCCCCAAACCGGCUGAGAAGUCAACGGCAUUCUCCAAUCUCUCAUCUUUCGGUGGCGCCAAAUCGACCCCUGCUGCCCCGAAGAUCACAUCGCCAUCGGGGUCUGCGGGCGGCGGCUUCUUUGAUAACUUCACCUCACCGAACUUAUCGGCCCCGAGGUCCCAGUCCCGAACGACGUCCGUCUCCUCUACUGGGCAGGAUUUCGGAUUCGGUGGAUUUACUUCCCCGGCUGUCAAGCCCAACCCUCCAUCCUCGUCCCUGUCAAAUGACCUGUUCGGGUUUUCUUCGCCCCGUCCUGCAUCCACCUCAACGAUCUCGCCCCCAAAGUCUACUGCAACCUCUCAGCAGGAAAUGACAUCUGCAUUUAAUAUUUCUGCUCCCCCGAUGCAGCCUUCUGCCCCUCUCAAGGCGCCAGUCACCAGCGCUGCAAACGCAGCAGCAGCCAGCAUGAUGUCUGGAAGCCUUGAUCCAUGGGGUGGGAACGCAUGGAGUACGCCCGAUCCGGCUUCAUCGCCUGGCCCUGCCGCAUUCUCGCCUGCAUCCAUGAUGAAGGUCCCUGACACAUUGACCCCAAAUGACGUGGGCCACGGUUGGGGCGCGCCCAGUGCAUCUUCUAAGCCCGCACCCGCAGUGGCAGCGGACGAGGACUUUGGUGGUUGGACUAGCGCUGCCCCAGUUUCCAACACAACGAAUAGCACCAAAUCUGGUGGAUUUGGUGGAUCUGACGACCUCUUCUCUAACGUUUGGGAGUAG